UUUUUUUUUUUUUCUUUUUUUAUUUUAUUUUUUUCUUUUUAUGACAACAAUGCAUUCAAGAAAAAAAAGUCAAACAAGUUAUUUCAAUGUACAGGCUAUGGUGACUGUAAUAUGGUCUUUACUCGAAGUGAACAUCUUGCACGUCAUGCAAGGAAACAUACAGGUGAAAAACCCUUUGUGUGUAUUAUUCCUGGCUGUGGAAAAGCAUUCAGUCGAUUCGAUAAUAUGAUGCAACACACACAAACACAUAAAUCACAUUCAAAAAACAAGUCGAAAAGAAACAAGAAACUAUGUGAAUCCAGUAGUUCAGAAGAUGAAGACGAAUUCGAAUUUGAAUCCAGAAGGAGAAGAUUAUCUGUGGCUGAUCUCUGUAAUCCAUCAGAAGAAACUGUAUAUUUAACAAAAGAUGAAUUUGAAGCCAUAGAAGCACUUGGCAGGUUUCAAAAUAGCUUUCAUGUCUUUUCAAAUCCUUUUGUUCAUCACCUGUAAAUAAAAAUAAACAAAAGGGCGUUUUUUUGUGUAAA